UCGUAUCGCCUGUUUUUCUCUCUACUUCCCGAACCCAUCGCGAACAAAAACGUUUUCGUGUUUUAUUAUCGUCCCGUCGUGUUUUCGUAAUCCGACUACACAAUAACAUAUUAUUAUUACCUAAUUAUACGUCUCAGUGUCUCACAGUCUUAUACGCUGCGGUGACUCGUUCGCGGUCGUCUGCUGUCCGACCUUUGUGACUGUUGUGAACCACUUACUUAAGUACCAUCAUUGUUGCCGACGUCGUCCACACGUAUCUACGUGCCUUCCAUUCCAGUGUCGUCCGACGCGUCUCACGUUGUCUGCUCCUCGAUGAACAACGUCCGAUCCACAUAAUAUCGUAUCGGSUAUAUUAUUAUAUUAUUUCAGUGCGACAUAAUCUCAACAUAUAAACGUCGUAAUAAUAUCGUCGUCGAAAAGAACCCUGACGAUGACCGCUGCAGCGGGUGGUGUGCGUCUUGGCUGGCCGCUGGCCUUUUUCGGCCUCGUCGCGGCACUGCUGUCCUCCUGUGCYUUGGCUGAUGUUGAGACCGUCAUCGUCCAAAGACAUGUCCAAAUGCUCGGUUUGCAAGAAUGCACUUAUGGUCCAUUGUUUUGGUGCCAAAACAUUACUAAUGCUGCUGGUUGUAAUGCUGUCCAACAUUGCAUUCAAACAACUUGGGUUACACAGACAUAUCCAGAAGAUAAUGAUGAUAUUUGUACUAUUUGUAAAAAUAUGGUGAAAGAAGCUCGUGACACACUCACCAGUAAUGUUACAUUGGAAGAAUUGAAAGAAGUCUUUGAUGGAUCUUGUAAUUUAUUGCCAUUGAAAAUGAUUAAAAAAGAGUGUAAAAAAUUAUCGGAUGAUUUUAUACCUGAACUUGUUGACACUUUGGCUUCACAAAUGGAUCCAAAUGUUGUUUGCACUGUUUCCGGUUUGUGUAAUAAUGCACACAUUGAUAAGUUUCUGUUGGAAAAUAAAGAAAAAGAGCAACCAGCAAUUUUAAGUGAAUAUCAUCCAUGUGAAAAAUGUGCUAUUGUUAUGAACAAAGGCGAAGAAUUAGUACAGAGCAUGUCUAGAGAUGAUAUCUUGAAUAGAUUCUUAAUGAUGUGUGGAGAAUUGAGCAGUUAUUCUGAUGUAUGCAGUAGUGUUAUAUUAACAUAUCACAAUGAAAUAUACAAUGCUGUUAAAAAUGGUUUUAAUAAACGUAAUGUAUGUAUGUUGAGUGGCAUGUGUUCAGAAGCAUUCCAUCCUCAUGCUGAUGGUUAUAAAAAAUCAACAAAUGCUUUGAUGGGUGUUGAAAUUAGUAAUGCUGGUGAGCGAGGUAGAAUUCAGAUCCAAAAAUCUAUUGAAGUCAGUGAUGAAUUGACUUGUGAAUUUUGUGAAACUUUGGUCAAACAUUUAAGAGAUAUUUUGGUCGCUAAUACAACCGAAGAACAAUUCUCAGACGUACUWAAAGGUCUUUGCAAACAAACUGGAAGUUUCUCAACUGAGUGUUUGGCAAUAGUUGAUGAAAAUUAUACGCGUUUCUAUAAGUUCCUUGUUAGCGAAUUGAACGGAAAAGUUCUUUGUACAAUUGUUGGUAUUUGCCCCAAAUCUCUUAACUCUCGUUAUGAUCUCAACUAUAUUAUACCAAUGUAUCCCCUUGUUCCAAUUGAUGUUUUACAAACCCAGAAGGCCACUAAAAUUGAAGAAAAUAAUUCAUUUACUGCUAAAAAAGAACAGACUGAACAUAAGCCUACACUUGUUGUAGUCGAUGAACAGCCUCCUAAAGUGCAAAAUAUUAAUGUCUUUAAAAAAUCUCCAGUUAUUGAUGUGUUCUAUAAGGAAAUGCAUUUUGUUGUCAAUGAUGUCAGUAUGCCUACUGAUAAAACUACAUGUUUCUUGUGCCAAUCAAUUUUAAAUUAUGUUCAACAAGUAGUAACUGAUCCAAAAUCUGAAGUGGAAAUCCGUACAGCAUUAGAAAAGUCUUGUUUGGUUGUCCCAUCAUCAUUUGAACAACAAUGUAAACAGUUUGUCGACCAAUAUGGUGAUGCCUUUAUUUCACUUGUAGCUCAAGAAGUUGAUCCAUCAAUUAUCUGUCCAGAAUUGAAAUUAUGUCCAGUUAUAGACUUGUCUUUAACUUCAAACAAAGAUAGUGAAAGUUCAAAUAAUUGUCCUAUGUGUGUUAUUUUUAUGUCAGCUUUAGAAUCUGAAAUUUCUAAUAAAGACACAGAAGAAGUGAUUAAAAAAAAAUUGGAAAAGUUAUGUACCAAACUGCCAUCAAAAUGGAAAGGAGAAUGCACAGUUUUUGUUUCAACUCAACUACAAAGUAUACUUGACAUGUUAGUUGCUCAAGUUAAACCUGAAGAAAUUUGCGUUUUAUUGGAAAUUUGCAAACCAAAGACUAUAUCUGAAAGUGCUGAAAAUGACUUAGAAACAAAUAUGAUCGCUACAGCUGGACAAGUUACCAUAGUGUUUCCUGGAUACAAUAUGGGACAAUUAUUGGCCAAUAAUUACAAAAUGUUGGAAGAACCAAAAGUACCAACUCCAUUUUGCCUAGUAUGCAMGGUUGUAAUGAAAUAUUUGAAUAGUGUUAUCAAAGACAAAUCRAAUGAAGUAAGAAUUGUCGUAGAGAUUUAUUUGUAUGGUUGUAUGGAAGUUGUUAAAAUAAUAUAAAUUAAUUUUUAGGAGGA